AUGAAGCGCAAGAACUACGGAAUCAAGGCUCUCCAGCCGAUAAAGUCAAAGUCGGCGUCCACAAGCGCGCUUUUACGGAUUCCUGAUCCCAUCGCCAAGAAGCAAGCUAUCGAUAACUACAACAAUCAAACCGAGGGCCAAUGCGUGCCGAAGGGCCUGGUUUUUACCAUCGCCAACGAAUGCGUGACCGAAGUUAAAAAGCAAGCGCGCGACGCCCUGUGCUAUGCCCCGAAGGCUCUGUUGCCGAAUUAG